CCGCUGCCUUCGAGCGAACCUGCUGGUGCUGCUGACCGUGACGGCCGUGGUGUCCGGCGUGGCGCUGGGGCUGGGCUUGUCUGCGGCUGGCGGUGCGCAGGCAAUGGGCCCCAAGCUUUUGACCGCCUUGAACUUCCCGGGCGAGCUGCUGCUGCGCCUGCUGAAGAUGAUCAUCUUACCGCUGGUGGUGUGCAGCCUGAUCGGUGGCGCCGCCAGCCUGGAUGCCAGUGCGCUCGGCCGCCUGGGCGCCUGGGCGCUGCUCUUCUUCCUGGUCACCACGCUGCUCGCGUCGGCUCUUGGGGUGGCUUUGGCGCUGGCGCUGCAGCCCGGCGCCGCCCUCGCCUUCGCCUCCAGAAACGCCUCGCUUGGGGCCACCGAGGCCACCGACGCUGUGGAACAGGCCCCCAGCAAGGAGGUGUUCGAUUCCUUCCUGGAUCUUGUGAGAAAUAUCUUCCCCUCCAACCUGGUGUCUGCAGCCUUCCGCUCAUACUCCACCUCCUACGAACACAUACAUGUCAACGGAACCAAGGUGAAGGUGGUCCUGGGACAGGAGGUGGAGGGCAUGAACAUCCUGGGCCUCGUGGUGUUUGCCAUCAUCUUAGGCGUGGCCCUGCGCAAGCUGGGGCCCAAAGGGGAGCUGCUCAUCUGCUUCUUCAACGCCUUCAACGACGCCACCAUGGUGCUGGUCUCCUGGAUCAUGUGGUACGCUCCUGUGGGCAUCCUGUUCCUGGUGGCCGGCAAGAUUGUGGAGAUGGAAGACGUGGGGAUGCUCUUCGCCAGCCUGGGCAAGUACAUCCUGUGCUGUCUGCUGGGCCACGCCAUCCACGGGUUCCUGGUGCUGCCCCUCAUCUACUUCCUGUUCACCCGCAAAAACCCCUAUCGCUUCCUGUGGGGCAUCGUGACGCCACUGGCCACCGCCUUUGGGACCUCCUCCAGCUCGGCCACGCUACCGCUGAUGAUGAAGUGCGUGGAGGAGAACAACCGCGUGGCCACGCACAUCAGCCGCUUCAUCCUGCCCAUCGGUGCCACAGUCAACAUGGAUGGCGCAGCGCUCUUCCAGUGCGUGGCCGCCGUGUUCAUUGCUCAGCUCAGCCGGCAAUCCCUGGACUUCGUGAAGAUCAUCACCAUCCUGGUCACGGCCACGGCGUCCAGUGUGGGGGCCGCAGGCAUCCCUGCCGGAGGUGUCCUCACUCUGACCAUCAUUCUGGAAUCCGUCAGCCUCCCGGUCCACUACAUCUCCCUGAUCUUGGCUGUGGACUGGCUAGUGGACCGGUCCUGUACCGUCCUCAACGUGGAAGGCGAUGCUUUUGGGGCAGGGCUCCUCCAAAAUUAUGUGGAUCGGAAGGAGUCGCAGAGCGCGGUGCCUGAGUUGAGCCACGUGAAGAGUGAGAUGCCCUUGGACCCAAUGCCCGUGCCCUCCGAAGAAGGGAACCCCCUCCUCAAACACUCUCGGGGCCCUGCCGGGGAUGCCGCCAUCUGUGAGAAGGAAUCCGUCAUGUGAACCGCAGCAAGGACCCUGGGGUUGUUGGGUGAAUGGACACACGCUGGCCACACACUCCCCCUCAGGCCGGCGAUCCUGGAGGCCUCGCCCCCCCAACUGUGUACAUGGUAUGUCUCCCCAUCCUCGCCAAGUUCCAGCCCGAGGCAAGGAAAAGCAAAAUGGGGAAAUAAUAUCUUACAGCCCCCGUCUCCACCCAGGACCUGCCUGGCCCUCCCUGGGACCCAGGGCACCACAGACAACUUGAACUCCAACACGAUGCUGGUUAUUUUGAUGGUGUGGCUGUGUGUGUGUGUGUACGUGUGUGCAUGCGUGUGUGCGUGUUCUGUGACCCCCUGCUCUCCACGGUACGCCUCACCCUGUCCGCAGGCCCUCUGUUCCCUCCACAGUAACAGACACACUCCCAGGAACCUUGGAGGGGUGGCCGAGGACGAGAGCUGCUCUCACUCCAGAGGACAAUUUUUAGCAAUAAAAUUGAGUAUCAGGGACCAGCAGGUGGCAUGGUGGUUAAGGUGCUGGACUCCCACAUGGCUGACCACGGUUCAAGUCCUGGACCUGGUGGUUUGCUUUCUCCCUUUUCUUCUGUUUCUCUGUCUCUCUCUAGUCAAAUUGAAAUAAGUGAAUGAAUAAAUAAAAUAAAAUAAGUAUUUUUAAAAAAUAAACAAAUGAAUAAAAUUGAGCCAUAAGUAUAUUUAACCAGGCAUUCUUAAGAAUUGGACUGAAGGGGCCAGCAGGUGACAUAGUGAUUAAGGUGGUAGACUCCCACAUGCCUAACCCCUGUUCAAAUCCUGCAUCUAAUAGCUUGAAACACUCCAGGUGCAUGUGCAUAUGUGCAUAGAAUCCUGAGAAAAGAAUGGAGGAGAAGGGAUUGUGGUGUGGCUAUCCCCCUGAGAGGUGAUUUCUUGUUUUCUAUCUCUCUGUCUCUGUCUCUCUGGUGAGCACACAUGCCCUAUACAAAAAUCUCUUUAAAAAAAAAAUUUGAAAGCAGGGUCACCAAGUUGCUUGGAAAACCUACUGGGUACAUGUGUAUGUGUGUCUAGAACCCUGGAAGGGAGAAGGGACUGUGGCCUGACUGCCCCAUGGUGGGGUGCUCUUUGGUGAGUGCAACUUCUGCUGGCAAAUUAAA